AUGACGCCGACGCCGGCGCGCGCCUCCGCCGCCGCGGCCCACGCCCUGCUGCGCAGAACGAGAUGCUUCGCCGCGGCGAAUCGGAUCCGGACGGCCUCGAGGGCCUUCUCCAGCGCUCCGGCGGGAGCGUCCGAGCCGCAGGGCCCGGAGAAAGUUGGUGGUGUGAGAGCCGGAGACGACGAGCUUGAUGUUGCUAUCGUCGGUGGAGGCAUGGUGGGCCUGGCUGUUGCUUGUGCACUCUCCAAUAUGCCAUUGACCAAACACCUGCGAGUUGCCGUCAUCGAUAGCAAUCCUGCAUUGAAGUCAACGAAUUAUCUGAAGAAAGAUGGUAUACCUGAUUCAAGGGUCAGCACUGUUACUCCUGCAACCAUUUCCUUCUUCAGAGAUAUUGGUGCAUGGGAGCAUAUUCUACAGCAGAGACACGCUUUCUUUGGUAAAAUGCAGGUGUGGGAUUACACUGGACUGGGAUACACAAGGUACAACUCAAGAGAUGUGUGCAAAGAAUAUCUUGGAUGUGUGGUGGAGAACAAGGUGCUUUGCAACUCACUUCUGUUACGCCUACAGGAGCAAAAGGAAGACAUUAAAAAGAUGGUCUACCCUACCCGAUUGGCGUCUCUUGCUUUCCCAUCAAAGAGCAGAAAUGUAGGAGUAGCAGGACUGAAGCCACCAUCAACUGAGGCGGAGGAACUACGCCGUAGUAAUUUGGUUAAACUUGACCUAAGUGAUGGACAGACUUUAUAUUCAAAGUUGGUGGUAGGAGCUGAUGGUUCCAAAUCCAAUGUAAGGCAGAUUGCGGGCAUAAAAACUACUGGUUGGAGCUAUCCUCAGAGUGCGAUUAUCUGUACAGUAGAGCAUACUGCAGCGAAUGACUGUGCAUGGCAGAGGUUUCUCCCUUCUGGUCCGAUUGCCCUGCUUCCAAUAGGCGACAACUUCAGCAAUAUAGUGUGGACAAUGAGCCCAGAGGAGGCAUCACGCCAUAAGUCAAUGAGCCCUGAAGAUUUUGUGAUGUCAGUGAACCGUGCAUUGGAUUUUGGUUAUGGACCGCAUCCCAACUCUAGUAGUCUUGACCAUUACGUGGAAAGGUUAUUUUCUGACUUUGGAGGUACUGCAGCGUCUACAAAAGAAUGCUUUGAAGUACCACCAAGGGCAACUGGGCUGAUCUCAGAGAGAAUGGCAUUUCCAUUGUCACUGAUGCACUCCCAUGAUUAUGUUUCAAAAAGGCUAGCAUUAGUUGGUGAUGCUGCUCAUACAGUGCACCCCUUGGCCGGUCAAGGUGUCAAUUUGGGUUUUGGAGACGCAGCUGCCUUAGCGGAAGUUAUUUCUGAAGGAGUUUCUGUUGGUGCUGAUAUUGGGGAUCUGUCUUUGCUGAAUCGGUAUGAGAAUGACCGCAAGGCUGCCAAUGUUGCGAUGGCGGCAGUUCUAGAUGGCUUCCAGAAGAUGUACUCUGUCGAUUUCGGACCCCUCAAUGUUCUGAGAGCCGCUGCAUUCCAUGGUGCCCAGUACAUAUCACCACUGAAGAAGAACAUAAUUUCUUACGCAAUGGGCGACAGGAAAUCGCCUCUGUUUUCAUAA